AUGGAGGCGGCGCGGUACGGCUUCGCGACGCCGGGCGGCUCCCCGUUGUACAAGUUCGACCCGACGGACGAGGACCUGGUCAUCCACUACCUCCUCCCGCGCGCCCUCGGCCUGCCCUUCCCCUACUCGCACGCCGUCAUCGACGCCGACCCGGGCGGGCUCCCGCCAUGGCAAGUCCUCGAGAGGCACGGCAUCGACAUGUUCUCGGGCGCCGCCGACCAGGCCUUCUUCUUCGGCCCGGCGCCGGACCCGGACCACAACGGGGGGCGCAUGGUGCGCAUCGUCGAGGGCGGCGGGUUCUGGCAGGGCCAGAAGGGCGAGGACGGCGUCGUCGUCUUCCUCCGCCCCGGCGACGGCGCCGAGCUCGAAGUGACCUUCAAUCGGUAUAAUCUGACGUUCUAUGAUGGGAAGAGCGAGAGGAGCACUGGGUUCGUGAUGCACGAGUUCGAGAUCGUGGAUCCGCCGCACCUAAACGCCAUGCUCACGCGCGUUAAGUUCGAUAAGGCCCGGGAGAGGAUGGCGGGGAAGCUCGCCCAGGAAGCUGCCGCGGCUGCCGAUGGCGGGGGAGAGGAAGGGGAUUACUGCGUGGAUCCGCUGGAGGCCGUCUUCCCCCGCCCCGGCGAGUUUGCCGGCGGCGGGUACACCCAGGCUGUGUUGGACAAUUUCUACGAGAAGAAGGAGUACGAGCAUUUUCUUUUGUUCCAGCAGUACGAGAUGGAGCAGCAGAGUUGGCAGGCCGGGGAUCCCAGCAAUGGCGGAGAGGGGUCCAGCGGCGGCGGCGGGGAAGAAGAGCAGCAGCAAGAAGCUGGCGGUGUGUUCUGUGGUGGUGGCUACGACGGCGGGAGCGAUCACGGCAGCGACGUGGGCACGGGCGGCUCGACCAUCUCGCACUGCGGCGACAGCGCCGGUGCCUGA